AUUUUCUAAGCAAACACGUCCUAUCACGAGUGGUCAGGGGCUUGAGCGCGUUCUCUCAUAUAUGGUUUCCAUGACAGCAUCAUCGGGGUCCUCUAUCGUGAGGAAGUGGAAAGCUGGACAGAACUACAGUCAUUGUAGCUCAAAGAAAAUAAAGCAUUUUUAGAUGAAAGAGUAAAGAAGACAUAUUUUAUUUCGAAAAGUGUUUUUAAUGUUAGCUAGAAACUAACAUAAAUUGGAAGUUUAGAAGGCAUAUGGACUCGGACAACGAAAAGCCGCGCAAGAAGAAGAGACGGCCGCACUGGAUUGUGAGAGGUCUCGGGCCGAGUUUUACUGCCUGCAUGGGUUUCGUAAUAAGCGUGCUGUACAUCACUUUCCCGUGCGCUUGGUUGGCUAAUCAUGUUUCAGUGGCCUAUCCUGUGGCCUCUGCGAUGUUACUAACUGGGACCGUGGUAACUUUCCUGGUGUCAAGUUUCAUGGAUCCUGGCAUUCUCCACCAAGGCCCCCCAUGGCCAGGCACAGCAGAGGUGGCCUAUGUGAUAGUGAAUGGUCAGAGGUAUGAUAUGGACUGGUGCAGUAGGUGUGAGAUCUACCUUCCCCCUGCUGCAUGGCACUGCCGUCGCUGCAAUGCCUGUGUGGACCGGUUCGACCACCACUGUGAGUGGCUGAAUAACUGCGUGGGGAGACGUAACUACCGUGUGUUCCUGCUCUUCCUCCUGCUGCUGACGUCAUACCUGCUCCUGGUCCUCUCCUCCUCUCUGUUCUACCUCUUCCUCACCCUCCUCACCCUGCACCAGCCCUUCAGCCUGUCCCACGCCACCACUGUGGUCGUCAUGGUUACCAGCCUGGCCUGUGUGCUCUUGGUCUUGGUUAUACUCAUCAGCAACAUCAAGCUGAUCUCCAAGGGAGAGCCAUCCUCUACUAUAGAGCCCUACUUUGAGCCUGAUGAUAAGAACCCGUUUGAUCAGGGCUGCUGGAAGAACUGGACCCACGUCCUCUGUUCCCCGACUGGACCCAGGUACAUCACUAAUACAAACAGGUACAUCACUAAUACAAACAGGUACAUCACUAAUACAAACAGGUACAUCACUACCUACAUACACCAGGAUCUGGGGGCUGUGAAGCCCAGCAGAAGAGGACACUGA